UCUCCCCUUAACUUCUUCUUCUCCAUUCCUUCAUCUGUCGAGCUGGUCUUUCACCAUGGCUCCCAAGGAUGAGUCCAAGUCGAAAGACACCACCGUCACCGUCAAUAUUGAGGAGUUCACCAAGACUCGCGACAGUGUUCUUGCAAGCCUUGCACAAUUGCAGUCUGCUGCUUUUGAAUUGUCACGGGCUUAUAUCAACCACUCCAACACUGUCCUGGGUCGCGACACCACCAGUCUUGAUCUUGCAUUAAUCACCAGCGGUAUCACCAAUACUCUCCGCGAGAAUGGUGUGCUGGGUGCCCGCGCCUCCAGCCCUGGAGCCAAGUCUGACUCGGGCGAAAAGAAGAAGCGCAAGCGCGCUCCCCCUGACCCCAAUGCUCCCAAGCGCGCCUUGACUCCAUUCUUCUUGUUCAUGCAACACAAUCGUUCUAUCAUCGCUGAAGAGAUGGGGCCCUCUGCGAAGCCUAAAGACGUCUCCGAUGAGGGUACUCGUCGUUGGGCUGAGAUGCCAGAACCUCAGAAGGAGGUCUGGAAGAAGCUGUAUGCCGACAACCUGGCAGUCUACAAGGAGAAGGUCAAGGCUUACAAGGCCGGCCUCCCAUACACUGAUGACGACAGUGCAAAGGCAGCCAACCAGCUGCAACAGGGAGUCGUAGCAGCAGAGGCAUCGGAGGAAUCAGAGGAGGAGGAAGCCGGAGAAGCCGAAGAAGAGGAGGAGGAGGAGGUGGUGGAAGUGGAGGAGGAAGAGGAAGAGGAAGAAGAGUCCUCGCCUGAGCCCAUCAAGGAGCCAACACCUCCCCGUGGUGGCAAGCGCCGUCGCAGUGAGAUCAGGGCCAAGGAAGCGAUCUCGCCUGUUACUGAGAAGAAGGCCCGAAAUGAGUCGCCGGAGAAGAAGAAGCGUGGAGCCAGGAAAGAAAAGGAGGAGCCCGCUGCUAGCCGCAAGUCCCUUGGAGGCGACGCAAAGCGCACGAAGAAGAGGCGCAAGAGUGAGGUCAGCGCGGACGAGUAAACGGUGUUUGUGGCAGUUGAAGGGUAAGGGUUAGGGUUGCGAGGCUAGUCCUCCGGAAGUGGCAGAUAUUCGGACCUUGGAUUUGUUAGUAUUUCAUUUGUGAAUUCUUAUUUGUGCUCUUUCUCUCAGUCUUUUGAUAUUAGUUGUUGUCUCGCUUGGGCCGAAAGGCUCAUAUGUCUCUAUCUAUGUCCAGUAAGGAGGUCAACCAAUAAACUUGGGUACAUACGUAUCGCGUAUGUACAUACUGUCAUACAUGCAUGCAUACAUUAGUACCUGGUAGUUACGGAUCUACCUUACCCCAGAUAGUACUAUUCAGCCUGAAGCAGUAAAGAG